AUGACCUUAUUGGAAACCACUUCGAAUGUCAUAUCUUAUGGAACUAUAAGUACCGAUACUUCGAUGGGCGACCAAGAGGAAGACCGGCUGCUGUAUCCUCAUUCAGUGUACGAGCCGGAUAAUGAUAUUGGGACCGAGGAUGAGGGGAGCACGGCAAGUGAUGUGCAGGAUGGAGUGAGGAAGAUUGAGGCUAUUAGUUUGACGUGGACACAGAAGUCGUUGAUGAUUGCAUAUUUGGGGAUAUUUCUCAUGGCGUUCUGCACGUCACUCGAAGGUCAGACGGUGGCUUCGCUUGCCGUAUACGCUACGAGCUCGUUUAGCAAGCAUUCUUUGAUUUCGACGGUGCUGGUUGUACAGAAUGUUGUCAACGCUGUAAUCAAACCACCCAUGGCAAAAGUGGCGGAUGUGUUCGGCCGGUUCGAAGCAUUCUGCGUUAGCAUCAUCAUCUACAUUCUUGGAUAUAUUCAAAUGGCCGCGUCAAACAAUGUGCAGACAUAUGCUUCCGCCCAGAUAUUCUAUUCUGCUGGAUCGACCGGUCUGCAAAUUCUUCAACAAGUAUUCAUCGCCGAUAGUAGCGAUCUUUUAAAUCGAGCGCUCUUCGCCCUUUUGCCUGAGUUUCCGUUUUUGGUCACAGUUUGGAUUGGUCCUACCAUCGCAGAUGCAGUCCUUCGUCAUUCAUCGUGGCGCUGGGGUUAUGGGAUGUGGGCGAUUAUACUGCCGGCAACAUUUCUCCCGCUUGCGCUAUCCUUACUUUUCAACCAACGGAAAGCCAAGAGAUUGCGGCUCAUCAAAAAGAAGCAUCGCAAGCGCACUCUAUAUCAGUCUUUGCGAUCGGUAUGGUAUGAACUGGAUAUGUUUGGAUUGAUUCUUCUUACUGCUGCCGUUUCGUUACUGCUGAUUCCGCUUACUUUGGCAGCCAACUCUAAAAAUGGGUGGCACGACAAUAGCAUUAUCAUCGUGCUAGUGCUGGGAUCUCGCUCCAAAACCGUUACUUUCACUACAUCUACUGACCGAACGGACUGCGCUGGCUGGCUGCGCAUUGGCGUUUUCUACUUCAUGGCCUUUUAUUUUUCCGUUCAACCUUAUUUUUACUCUUACUUGCAAGUCGUUCAGAAUUACGACAUUGCCGUGGCGGGACGGGUUACGCAGACAUUCUCAUUCACCUCCACGAUUGCGGCGUUCGUGGUUUCCAUUCUGAUUAAAUAUACUCGCCGGUACCGCAUUUUUGUCACCGCGGGAACGAUUGUGUAUAUUCUAGGUCUGGUGGCUAUGUUACUUUACCGGCAGGAAGGUAGUUCGUUUCUUCAGAUUCUGGGUACUCAGAUACUAGUCGGCACUGGGGGAGGUCUGGUCAACGUCCCCGUACAACUCGGUGUACAGGCAUCAGCCCAACACCAAGAAGUCGCAGGUGCAACCGCUAUAUUCCUGACAGCACUCGAGAUGGGAGGCGCCGUUGGAGCGGCGAUUUCGGGCGCAGUCUGGACCCAUCAAAUACCGAAACGAUUACGACAAUAUCUUCCAGCCGAAAGUCAAGACCAAGUCGAAGAGAUUUUUGGUAAAUUGACUAUCGCGUUAUCCUAUCCCAUGGGCUCGGAGACGCGGAUAGCGAUUAACCGUGCAUAUCAGGAGACGAUGAACAAUUUGUUGUGUCUGGCUAUUUUAGCGGCGUUACCGAUUGUGCCGUUGAGUUUGACGAUGAGGGACUAUCAACUGGAUAAGAUGGGUCCGACGAGAAAGCGUAGACGCUCGUCGCAUGCACAUUUGAAUGAGACUCCUGCUCGGGCAUCCCUGGAGGAUGGCGACAGACUAUGA